AUGUUAUUCAUAUACUUACCAGAAUUGCAAGGUGAAAUUUUAGAUAUAGCUGCCAAGAAAUGUAAAAAGGCAGCGCGCUGUGUCAACUGUUCUGUGCUAGUAGAAGAUACAUCUCUCUGUUUUAACGCCCUCAGGGGUUUGCCAGGUCCAUAUAUCAAAUGGCUUCUCGAAAAGUUGAAACCUGAAGGUUUGCACAAACUUUUGUCCAGAAGGGACGAUAAAUCAGCUCAGGCUAUUUGUACAGUCGCCUUUGCAGAAAGUCAGGAAUUGGAACCUCAGAUUUUCCAAGGUAUAACCAUCAGGCAAGGCAUUGGUGGCCUGACGUUGGAAAUAAAAAAUAAAGAUAAAUAAAAUAAAAUAAAUAAAAUUAAAUUUAAAUGUUGGGCGAAAUAGCGAUUCGAAAUACUUUCAAUGGUGUGUCGUGCUUGGGUUAAAAGAUGUCAGUGUACCAAAUUCCAUGAAAAUAUCUCAAAAGUUAUGACCUGUAUGUUCAACCUACCAAUACAUGAACAUACAUCAGACGGAUAGACAAGCUUAGAUC